GCAUGCGUAGAUCUGGUAAUGGAGGAUAGUGAUCUACUCACAGGGGGCUUAGUUAGCAAGCUGUCUUUUCCCUGUUAUGUUCCCAGCCACCGCUUCCAUUGAUUACUUGGUAUUUUCAACACAAGGGACAACCUCUGAAUCAACCGAGAGCAGCUGGAGCAGCCAUUAAGUUUUGGGAUGGCGUCAGACGUGGUUUCCCAAAACCAUGGUACCAAGGGGAUCAUGACUUUUUACCCCACUGCUGCUGAAUUCAAGGAUUUCAGCCGCUACAUUGCAUACAUGGAGUCCCAGGGAGCACAUAAAGCAGGCCUGGCCAAAAUUGUCCCACCAAAGGAGUGGAAGCCCAGAAGUUCUUAUGAUGACAUUGACAAUUUGAUGAUACCGGCACCCAUUCAGCAGGUGGUGACAGGCCAGUCAGGUCUUUUCACGCAGUACAACAUUCAGAAGAAGUCCAUGGCUGUCAGAGAGUUUCGCAAGAUUGCCAACAGUGACAAGUUCUGUAGUCCACAUUAUGAUGACUUUGAGGAGCUGGAAAGGAAGUACUGGAAGAAUGUGACAUUUAACCCUCCCAUAUAUGGGGCAGAUGUCAAUGGAACCUUAUAUGACCCAGAUGUCAAAGAAUGGAAUAUUUGCCACUUGGACACCAUUUUGGAUACUGUGGAACGUGACAGCGGCAUCACUAUUGAGGGUGUUAAUACACCUUACCUGUAUUUUGGCAUGUGGAAGACCACCUUUGCAUGGCAUACGGAAGACAUGGACCUCUACAGUAUCAAUUACUUACACUUUGGAGAACCGAAAUCAUGGUACUGUGUUCCUCCAGAGCAUGGGAAAAGACUAGAGCGUCUGGCUAAAGGGUUCUUCCCUGGUAGUGCUCAAAAUUGUGAGGCCUUUUUAAGGCACAAGAUGACUCUCAUCUCUCCUUCGAUACUGAAGAAAUAUGGCAUUCCAUUUGAAAAGAUUACUCAGGAGGCUGGUGAGUUCAUGGUAACUUUCCCCUACGCCUACCAUGCUGGGUUCAACCACGGCUUCAACUGUGCAGAAUCCACCAACUUCGCCACAGAGAGAUGGAUCGAGUAUGGCAAGCAGGCUGUUUUGUGCUCAUGCCGUAAAGACAUGGUGAAGAUUUCCAUGGAUGUAUUUGUGAAGAAAUUCCAGCCAGAUCGCUAUGAACAUUGGCUGGCAGGGCGGGAUGUGGUACCCAUCGACCACUCACGGCCCACUCCGGAGGCUAAGGAGUUCUUGGGCGAGUCGUUCAAUGACAUCACCAGCAGCAGCUACAGUAGCUCCAUCGAGGGCUGUUGGGAGGAUGGAGAGCGGAAGAGCACUACACAAAGGAUAGAGACCAAGAGACACCGUGUGUAUCUGGAGUUGCCCGAAGAGGUUGUUCCCAAAGAUGAAGAUGAUGAUGUUGUAGCGCAAUAUGGAAAGCGUCCCAGGCUAAGUCUGAUACCUCCACGAAAUACUUCACAAGAUGGCAAGAGAAAUAAAGGCCCACCAAAGUUGGUUGUCACACCAACCAAGCUCACAUUAAUGGAUCCAUUUCACAGGGGCCUGACCCAAAGUAACAGUGACGGAGGCCGCCCUCCUCAUUAUACCAAGACUCGCGCACCUGCAAUCUCAUCUCAGUCUCAGCACAGAAACGGACAUCUAUCGAUUUCAGUGGCACCUAUGUGGACAGAAGUUGCAGCUCAACCUGCCCGCAAAAUGGGGGUGGCAAGCCUGCUCUUCCACAGGACUCUCAGUCCAAAGGACACUCUUCAAGUGCACAGCUACACCCUGGAAAAGCAGCGGCAGCCUCACACACAGCUCCAGGUGCACAGCUAUGCCAGAGAGCACCAACCCCGUCAUCUCCAGCACAAAGCCUGCACACCAUCACACACACAGGUUCAGUCGUCAUCUCAAGCCCCAAGCUGCGAGAGAACGGAGCCUCAGAUGGAAUCUAAAAUUGUUGUUACCAAAGUAGCACAGAAUGAAUCAGAAGCACAGAAGCCUGUGGUGCAGGAACAAGAGGAGACCAAACCCAAAGUGUUGAUACCCGUUGAAAGUCAAGCAGGAGUGGAGAAGACGGAAGUCGUACCAACCGUCACCUCUGCUCCCCCUCAUACCCAAACACAGUCUCAAGACUUAAGCAAUGAGAAGAUGGAGGCUCCCAAGAACAACAAGCGAAAGAGUAACCAAUGCCCCCUUGCGGAUAAUGGCAUUAUCCUCCUGAAAGACACCAUUCCUAUCAGCAAACCAAUCCAAGAUGAGGUGAAGGUGAUUCCUCAGAAUCAUCACCAGGUGUCAGAAGAGCAGUCAUACUGCAAGUCACUGGUGUCAAAGCAGCAGCAGCAGGAAGAAGAGCUCUGUAAACUGCCUCGCCAUCACCCUCUAAUCAGAGAGCUACACAGUGAUGAUGAUGUGUAUGUUGAUGUGGAGGUCGAACAAGAAGAGAAAGAGGAGUGGGCAAAACCGCUAACCCAGCUGUGGCAGUGUCGACCAUAUAACCCCGAGGCAGAGAGGAAAUACAACAAAAGCAUGGGCCAACAGGCUCCUUACUGCUCCAUCUGCCUGCUCUUCCACACUUACCAUCAGUCUGAGUCUACUAGCGCUAGUUCCACUUUGACAUUGGUGAACCGUCCAGGGGGGCAACAGUGGUCCAGACCUCUCAUUCCUGAAAUGUGUUUCAACACCCAAUCCAACAAGACGACUGAUAGCGGGGAAGGACAGCUAUCUAACCCUCAUGUAGCAGAAGACGGGACCAGCCGACUGGUCAGCUGUGCUCAGUGCUGUGUCCGUGUACAUACAAGCUGUUACGGUGUGUCUGGGGAUGAAGAAGAGCUGGACGACUGGCUGUGUGCCCGCUGUGAGGCUGAUGCUAUCACUGAGGACUGCUGUCUGUGUUCCCUGAGAGGUGGAGCUUUGCAGAGAGCCAACAACGACAGGUGGGUUCAUGUGCUGUGUGCCAUCACUGUGCUGGAAGCUCGCUUUGUCAACAUCACCGAGCGGAGCCCCAUUGACCUCUCUGCCAUCCCACUGCCACGCUUCAGACUGAAGUGUGCAUACUGCAGGAAACGGAUGAAGAGGGAGGUGAAGGGCUGCUGUGUCCAGUGCUCUCAUGGCCGUUGCUCCACAGCAUUUCACCCCACCUGCGCUCAGGCAGCUGGUAUCCUCAUGCACCCAGAUGACUGGCCGUUCGUAGUCUUCAUCACCUGCCACAGACACAGAACACCAGUCAUACCUGAGCGCAACAAGGCUUCCAUGCGAGAGCUGGCAGUGGGUCAGAAGGUGAUCUGUAAAUACAAAAACGGCCGUUAUUACCACAGCGACGUGGUGGAGCUGACCACCGCUACAUUCUACGAAGUGGUGUUUGACGACGGAUCAUACAGCGACAACCUCUUCCCUGAGGACAUUGAGAACCGUGACUGUGUCCGCCUCGGUCCACCCUCGGAAGGUGACGUCGUUCAAGUGCGAUGGACAGAUGGUCUGAUAUAUGGAGCCAAAUUUGUAGCAUCGCACUCCAUCCCCAUGUACCUGGUGGAGUUUGAGGAUGGGUCCCAAAUCACAGUGAAACGAGAAGACAUCUACACUCUAGAUGAGGAUCUGCCCAAACGAGUCAAGUCACGAAUGUCGGUGGCAUCAGACAUGCGCUUCGAGCUCUUCGCACAGAGCGACGUCAAACAGAACUCCAAAAGGCAACGGGUCAUCAACUCUCGAUACAGGGAGGACUACAUCGAGCCCGUCAUCUACCGAGCCAUCAUGGAGUGAUUUCUUUUUCCUGCUUUCCACCCUGUCAACCCACCACAGAGAGCCAAAGGUUUUCAUUUCUUGGUCUGGCUUCUCUGUUUCUGGCUACUGCUAAUAGAAAUGACCACCCCUGCUCCUGUUCUUCCACGGUCCGUCGGGCUCCAUAUUUAUAAACUACGGCUGGGACUUUAAAUGACUUUUGUGUGCAUUGAAUAAUAUUCUUAGACCUCCAUUUCUCACUACACUCUGUAGAUUGUUAUUUUUUUCCUCCAUUUCAUCAUUUCUUCUUUUUCUCAGGAAGAAGCCAUCAAUGAAUUAUUAAAAAUUGGAAAAGGUUGGACUAUCUUAA